AUCAAAUCUACGGUCGGUGGGUUGCCAAGGCCUUUGAUAGAUCUGAGCGUACACAACUUCGCAAAGAUAAUGGAUGAUGCAUUUGGAUAUCAUCUGAACCCUCCAUUCAAUCCUUAUAUCAACAGCCUCAACUACUUGCUGGCCUCUUAUAUAAUACCAUACAUGGGCCUCGUGGGCUACGUUGGUGCUAACCCAAACAUCGAUGGCUUCGUUUCAAAAAGGCUUUUAGCAGGCUUGUUAGCAGUGGAAGCUGGGCAAGAUGCAAUAAUAAGAGCUCUACUCUAUGAGCGAGCCAAAGAGCUAGUCCCACCUUACAACAUCACAGUUGCUCAGUUUACCAUCCACAUAUCGAACCUAAGAAAUGAACUUGCAAAGUGUGGGAUCAAAGACGAAGGUCUCAUCGUCCCCACCGAGCUAGGAGCGGAGCAGAGGACAUGCAGUAAUAUCAUAUCAGCCAAUGCUGAUUCGCUGGCUUACAGGCGAAACCCUGCUGAGAUCCUCAGAGUUGUGUAUGGAACUGGCAAUGAGCACCAACCUGGUGGUUUCCUGCCCAAAGGAGGAAAUGGAAAAAUAGCUAGAGAACUUCUGCAAGGAGCUUAGGAGAUGUCUUAUGUCAUAUGCUUGUAUCUUGUUACUCAUAUAGUGUUGGUUGAAUGAUAUGUAGAAACUAAAUUACACUUAUAGUUUAUUACAUAAGAUAUCUUGUGAAAUUAAUCUUUUACACA